UUACGCUAGCCCGCCAGGUCGCCCGUUUGCCCCCUCUGCCUUCCCAUUUCGAGCUUCCGCCUCGCCCUCUCUCGCUCGCUGUGUCGUCAUCUCUUUCUCUCUGCCUGCCCACCGCUCGCACUCGCAGUCGUACACCAACCACCUCAUUUUCGGGGCCGUGAGAGGAGAGGCCGCGCGGCGAGACGACGAGGCAGGCCUUCGAGCGAGCGUGGAGGGAGGACGAGCUAGGGUUAGGGUUUUUGGGCGAAGCCAGCCUUGGGUGGGGCUGCUGAUCCAUGGACGCGGGGACCGGCCCGGGCGCCGAGGUGCUCUCCCCGGGCGAGGCCGAGUGGCCCCCAGAGCUCCGCCUCCCGCCGCCGCCUCCCGUGCCGGAGCCCCCGCCUCCGCCCGCGCGAAGGGCCGCGCCGCAUCUGCACCUGCAGCCGCAGCCGACUCCUCCCGCGGCGGCGACGAAGAGGGAACCGUCUCCGCCUCGCCACGGGGAGGGCUUUGAUGACCAGCAGUUCCUCGGAUCGAUCAUGGGGGCUGCAGCCCCGCACCCGCACCCGCCCCAGCAGCAGCAGCCACCUGCCGCCGCGGCACCGGUGAAGAGGAAGAGAGGGAGGCCGCCGAAGAACAGGGACGGUGCGGCGCCUGCGCCUGCGCCGGUGAAGCCGGUGAACAAGAAGGAUGAGGAGGUGGUUUGCUUCAUAUGCUUCGAUGGGGGCAACCUCGUGGUUUGCGACCGGAGGGGUUGCCCGAAGGUGUACCAUCCUGCAUGCAUCAAGCGAGACGAAUCCUUCUUUCGGCGUCGGGGCAAGUGGGAUUGUGGGUGGCACAUAUGCAGCAGCUGCGAAAAGGCAGUACAGUAUAUGUGUUAUACUUGUACGUACUCUGUCUGCAAAGGAUGUAUCCAACAAGGCAAAUUCUUUGGCGUUAGAGGGAACAAGGGCUUCUGUGACACAUGUUAUGGUACUAUAUUGUUGAUAGAAUCCAAAGACGAUGGUGCAAAGGUUGGUGUUGAUUUUGAUGAUCAAAAUAGCUGGGAGUAUCUUUUCAAGUUAUAUUGGUUGGAUCUGAAAGGGAAGCAUUCACUAACGAUUGAAGAGCUAAAAAGUGCCAAGACCCAUUGGACUGUUCCAACUACUGCUGGCAGGAGAGAGAAAGAGGAGUCAUCUGAUGAACUAUAUGAUGCAAGCCAAGAUGCUACUUUUGACACUUCCUCAAAGAAACGGAGACAGAAUAACUCUUCAGGAAAAAGAGGACGAAAACGUAAAAUAGACGGUGGCAUUACUUCAAGGAAGUGUGGAAUCUCAAUUAACAGUGCUGGAAGCUUACCAAAUGGAUCAACAGGUGAAGGGGUGUCCUUGCCAGGUGACACAAAAUGGGCAUCAUCUGAGCUAUUGGAAUUCAUAGGACACAUGAGAAAUGGUGAUAGUUCUUAUAUUUCCCAGUUUGAUGUCCAGGUUCUUUUGCUUGAAUAUAUAAAGCAAAAUAACCUCCGUGAUCCUCGCAGAAAAAGUCAGAUUAUCUGUGAUGCAAGGCUUAGCAGUUUGUUUAGAAAACCACGUGUCGGUCAUCUUGAGAUGCUAAAGCUUUUGGAAAUGCAUUAUCUUGUGAAACAGGCUCCAACAUUGAAUGCAGAUAGUCAGAGAGCAAUUGAUUCAGAUUCGGCUCAAGUAAACAAUGGAGGAUAUAAUGAGUUGACCGAUAAAUUAGGUUCUGAUAAGAAGAGGAAGGCUCAUAAGAAGAUUGAAAGAGAACUGACAAUUAAUCCAGAUGAUUAUGCAGCCAUUGACAUGCACAAUAUCAAUCUAAUUUACUUGCGUCGCAGCUUGAUGGAAGAUCUUAUUGAUGAGGUUACUGCAUUCUCUGACAAAAUUGCUGGCGCUUUUGUGAGGAUAAGAAUUUCUGGUCUUGGCAACAAGCAAGAUAUGUACCGACUAGUGAAAGUUCUUGGUACACAUAAAGUUGCAGAGCGAUACACUGUCGGUAAGAAGACAACAGAUUAUGCUCUUGAGAUCUCUAAUUUAGAAAAAAAAGAGAUUAUCACAAUGGAUACGAUCUCAAAUCAGGAUUUCACAGAGGAGGAAUGCAAGCGCUUACGUCAGAGUAUGAAGUUCGGUCUAACUGCUCGGUUAAAAGUGGGAGAUGUCUAUGAGAAAGCUAAAAUCUUCCAAUCUCUGCGAUUUAAAGAUUGGUUGGAAAAUGAGAAACAGAGGCUGAGCCAUCUCCGUGACCGUGCUAGUGAAACUGGACGUCGAAAGGAAUUGAGAGAGUGUGUAGAAAAGUUGCAGGUUCUGAACACUCCUGAAGAAAAAGAACGCAUGAUUAAUGAAGUUCCAGAAGUACAUGUUGAUCCCCGGAUGGAUCCAAGUUAUGAAUCCGCUGAAGAACCAGAUUAUAAGAAAGCUGUUGAUUGGACCAUGCAUCGGAAUGGACCAGAUCAAUUAUUUCCAGGAAGAAAAGGGACAGAACUGAAUUCUGUGGAGAAUCAUGCACAAAAGAGUGUGGAUGCAAGCGGUCACAUUAGCAGUCUACCUACAGAGGAUGUGGACCACAGAUCAGGUGCAGGAAGUAACAUUAAUUUAAACAACAUGGCUCCUGAGCCUGCAUCACUUGGAGUUUUAUCAAAUGACACUGAACCAGAAAAAGUUUGGCACUACAAGGACCCUAAUGGAAAUGUUCAGGGCCCAUUUACUCUUUUGCAGUUAUCCAGGUGGGCAAGUUUUUUCCCACGUGACCUGAGAAUAUGGCUUACAUUUGAGAGUGAGGAAAACUCACUACUGUUGACUGAAGUGCUCCCAAAGCAGCAGCAAGAUUUUAUUCAGCCUUCAGCAGUUACUACCAGUGAUAAAUCAAUAUGGGAAGGCUGUGGUGAAGAUAGAAUAAACUCAAAUGCAAAUAACUCUUCCUCCCCUAUGGGUUAUAACAUGGUCUAUUCUUCUGCAUUAUCUAGCUCAUCUGCUGAGUGUUAUGGUCCAACAAAAGAUCUAAAGCUUCUGGGUGGAACUUCGCCAUCAAGAUCUCCGAAAGAUGCUCAUGCUUUGCAUGAGGUCCAGAAUCAGGUUAACUAUUCAUCCACAAUUCUAUCUUCAGCUGGACCAUAUGUACCACCCGGUUCUCAUGAUGAAAGGGUCUCAAGAGACAGGGUUGGUGAAUGGAACAGUAGUCAGGACAAUGGUGGUGUUUGGAGUCCAACCACGAAUCAUAGUCGGAAGAGUAAUGCGCAGCAGCAUCCUGAUGGUUGCGUUGGGAAGCACCAAAUGCAAACUGAAUCUAAAUGUAGUUCGCAUGUCUCAGUUCUUACUCCACAACAAUCUGAGAGAGACCCUGCCACUUCCCUUAGUACUACAAGUCGUCCGGAGUUCAAAGCCAUGUGCCUGCAGGAAGGUUCUUCGUGGAGUUCAGCUACAAAUGCUGGAGCUCAUGACCUUCAGUUAUCUAUUGCUUUAGCAAAGCCAGAGAGCUGUUCUCCAACAAAUCCUGUUGAAGACAGAAAUUCGAGUUCUGCUUCUGCUAUGUCUUGUCAGUCAGGGGCUCCUGCCUGCAUUCCCCAACCAGAUCCAACAUCUACAUCAAGUUCAAGGAAGAUCGAGGCAAGCAUGGAUCAGCGUAAAACAUGCCAACCUGACGCAUCAAGUGAAUCAUUUGAUCGGCUUCCUGAACCUAAAAGUGGCUCACUGUUUUCCUUGAAAACUCAAGAUCUUUUGUCCGAGUACCCUAAUCCUAUACCAAAACUGGAGGGGAAGGAGACUUCCGUGAACCAGUCAGGAUCAACAUCAGUAGCACAUGAGAAUUUAGCUACAAAGACAUGUGUCGGUGCACCUACUAGUAAAAUUGAUAGCUUGCAACCACUUAAGGAGAGAUCAUGUCCAACAGAUAGGGGCUCAGUCAAUCAAUUAGAGCAUCUGUUUGAAGAUAAUGUGACAAAGAGAAAUAAUGAAGUGGUCAAUCCUGUAUCUGAUGCUGAAGGCAUUGCUGUAUCAGAUGUGUUGGAAUCGUUAACAGAACAAGAUUGUUCUUUACAAAAUUUAAUGCCAGCUUCAGCUGAGGAAGAACAACCACAAUACUCUAGUCCUAUUGCAUUGUCCCCUUGGGGUGAACCAAGUUACUAUCAGGGUGAAGCUGUUGAUUCUGCUCUAUGGGGCGUCCAAGAUGACCCUGGUAAUGACAUGUGGUCAAUGCCUUCACCAACACCUGGUCUCCAGACUUCAUCAGGUCUUGGAGCUGAUGGAAAAGACACUUCAUGCAUCGUAGAGGAGGCGAGAGCGGACCAAGGAGAUGGUGCUUUUGUCGAAACAUUACCAACACAAGGGGAUAAAAAGAUGGAACAUGCAAACUCAAGUGCCUCAGGUUCUUUAGUGCCAGAACAGGUAAAACCAAAAGCAAGCACUGCAUCAGGUCUAUCUCUAGAUGGGAGCACAAAAGCUUUGGGUUGGCAACCGCCAGGCUCAUCUCUAGAGGGGAGUGCAAAAGCUUCUGGUUGGAAACCACCAGCCUUAUCACUUGCAGGGAUUGGUAAUGCUGCAGGUUCACAAGCAUCGUGCCCCUCUACACAAGGGAGCACAAAAUCUUCAGGUUGGCAGCGAAGUUCAUCCCCGGAUGGGAGCAGAAAAGCCUCUGCUUGGCAACGGUCAAGUACAUCGCCAGAGGGGAGUGGAAAAGCUCAUGGCUGGCAACGAUCAAGUUCUUUUACCCAGGGGGGGACAAAAUCUGCAGGUUGGCAACCCUCUGGUUCUUCUACAGAUCGGGGUGCAAAAGUUGAUGGCUGGCAACGAACAAGUUCAUCACCAGAGGGAAGCAGAAAAGCUUCAGGCUGGCAUUCAUCAGGUCGUGAGAGCUCAAAGGUUACAUCUGGUGCCAGCGAAAACCGUAAAUUGUCUUCUAGUCACCAAGCGACGACACCAACAGGGAGGCACUCUUUGGCAAAGAAACAGGCAAGCAGCGACAAGGGUGCUGCUGGUUGGGAAGAGGCUCUAGGAAACUCUUUGGAAGCAUCAAAGAGACAACAGGGAAUCAGCGACAAGAAUGCAGGCUGGGGAGAGGCUUUCGGAAGUAACAGGAGCUGGCAUCCAUCGUCUGGUAACCCCAGUCGGGGCAGCCAGGGGAAUCACCAACAUGACAGGCAUUUUCACAGCAGUGAUUCGCGGCGGGGUGGCUCAAACUACCCUAGGAGGUCUGACAAUCGUCAUGACCAUGGCAGUGGUGGUUCGUCAAGACCCUCGUCAAGAGGGCAGUCCCAGAGGGGGGUAUGUAAAUACUACGAGAAUGGCCACUGCUGGAAGGGCUCGAAAUGCUCGUACGUGCACCGGUGAUUGCCAUUGCCGUGGAAGCGGAACGCCCAAUUGCCUGGUCGCCCUCACAUUUUUGUAUAGCAGCAUAUGCUUUCGUGGUAGUAAGUAUAGGAGAACGCUUAUUAACCGUGUCGGCACCAGUAAGCUGGUAGUAGUACAUAUCCUUCAGGGGAGGAGCAUGGCUAAACUAGGAUUUCAAGUUUAUCACAGGUACUGAUGGCUUUUGGUGCAGGAAUGCACCCC